AAUGGCUCGAAAAUUAUUCACUAAAGAAGAGAGAGAUGUACCUUAUCUUCUAGUUCAGAAUAUAAACGAUACAAUGAAAGAUGAACAUUUAAAAUCUUUGUUAUGUCGUAACGAACAAGUUUGCGGAGGCAAUUUAAGUUUCUACCAAAGAGACAAUACUACUUUAACGAUUAAAUACGAUUCGGUCGAAAUACAGCGGGAAUAUGAUGAAUUUGAUGAAGAUGAAUUGAUAAUGAUUUUCGGCAUACCAAUAGAUGAGGGUGGUGGUACAAACUUUGGUAUAAAAGAUCUCUAUAGAAUAGAUAAGAAACAUUUAAUUAUUCAAUAUAUCCAUGAAAACUUUGCGAGUAAACAUUUGAAAAAGAGAAUGGAAACUGAUGAUGAAACUGGAGAAAAAUUUCUAAUUUAUCCACCAUCUUUUAUUGGAAUAUGUGAUAUUCUAUGCGAAAGAACAAUACAAUUAUCAUAUGCAAAUUUGUUUAGUGAGAAAAAAUUAGCUAAAACUUUAAAGUUGAUUAAAUCAGAUAUAAACCUUAUCGAAUAUAAUUAUUGGCCCAGAAGAGACAUUGGUUUUAUUAGUCUUAAAAGCUUUGCUGAUGUUAAGUUUCUCCUUGAAAGAAAAGAAAUAAAACUUCGUAAUUCAACAUUAACGUUUGAAAAAUUCAACUUUCUCGAUUUCAUAAGCUAUAAACUUGACGACUUUAAAGACAAACUUCCUGUUACUUCUGAUAAACAAUUUGAAAAGAAAAGAUUAUCCAACAUUGAUCCUAUAUAUUAUACUUAUAAAUCGGAAUUUCAUCAAUUCGUUAUCAAUUCGACAACUUUUCAAAGCUAUUUAUCCGAAGAGUUGAAAAGAUUCAACUGUAAAUUAGCUUUUGAUCGAGAUAAACCGACGAUUGUUGUUUCUUUAGCUGAUGGUAACGAUAAUGAAAAGAUAACUAAUGAAUUGAAUAUUCAUUUUAAACAAUUAACAAUUAAAUAUAGAAAAAUUGAUAAACUUAUCUUUAACAAUUUAAAAUCGGACAAAGUAACAAUUAACUACUGCAAAGAUACUUCAAAGGCUCAAAUAAUUGGAAAGUUGGAUGACGUUGCACUAAUUGUAAAACAAAUAGAGGAUAACAUAAAAGAGAACUUUAAUAAUAUUGAAUUAUUUAUCGAUGUUAAAGAUGAACUCUGUAAAAGAUAUCUUAUCGAUAAUCUCUUCCUAAAGCAAAUUCAAACUAAAUAUCCGCAAGUCCAGCUAAUCGAAACGAAAAAACCAUCAGUAGUUGGUAUUUCAGCACCGUCUGCUUGUCAUAAACGUAUAGAAUUCGAAAUUUUACAUCGUUUAGCAAAUAUUCACUUUACGACAAUAAAUACUCCUACAGAUAUACUUAAUUUGUGGUCAAAUGAAUUUAUAAUUAAAGAUGAACUUACUAAGAAGUUAGUUCUAGUUGAAAAUGCAAAAAAUUUCAAGCUAUCCGUAACGAAACGUUCAUUCAUAAACAUCAUCGCAAAUUCGGAGGAAACUCUAAAAGACAUAGAGAAUUUGAUCAAUUCAAUUGCCUUUUCUUUUUCAAUACCUAUUCCAAAGAAUAUUGGUGAAAGAUCAGUAAAUUGGUUGGAUUUUAAAAAGGACAUUGUCAGAUCAUUUCAGCCAUUGAAACUUACUGAAAAUGAAUCAGAUGUUAAUAUUAUAGCAUUUCGAAGUAGCUGUCAAGAAAUUUUAGAUUAUAUUAUUGAAAAUUUCAAAAUUUUAAACUUGGACUUUGACGAAUUUAAAAUCCGGCGGUGUAUAAAAGGAGAUGAAUAUGAGGAUAGUGAGGAGGAUCUAUACGAUGUUCACGAUGAUUCGUUAAUCUAUUCGUUUAUAAAUGAUAAUUUUACUGAUCAAGAUUCUGAAUCAGACAGCGAAAGGGAAGAUGAAGAAAUCGAAAGCAAAGAUGAAAAUUCUUCUAUAAAAACGUUAACGAAAACUUUUUACUGGAAAGAGCAUACCUAUCCAUUAAAUAGUAAAAAUAUGGAAGUGGUCAAUUUGAAGAAGGAUAUCGAACGACAACAUAAAGUUCUAAUUGAGAACUUUAACGUAAGAACAAUACUUUUAAAGUGUUCAAAUGAAAAAACUUGCACAGUCAGAAUAACGAAGAAUUGUAUUAGUCGGUCAUAUUCAACAAUAAUUCUUAUCUUUACCAGUUUUGAUGAUAAUUUAAAAAAGAAACUUACCGAAUAUCUUGAUAAAAAUAUUAAUAAUUACUUUAAAGACUUUUCAAAAUGUAACAAUUUCUAUCAAAUUCAAGAUCAAAAUCAGAAGAAACUAUACUUUCUAUUAAACUAUUCCAAUUCUUCAACAACUUUACUAUCCGAACAACUUAAAUUAUGCUUUAACAGAGUGAAUUAUGAUAGAAUAACAAUAUUACCAAAUUUCCAUUCAACACCAUAUACAUUUUAUAAAUUUGACGAAAUCAACUUAUGCAUGUUUGAAACAAUAGCUGAAAUGACUUUAAAGUUAUUACCGGAAGAAAUUGAUAUUCAAAUUAAGAGUGUAGCUGAAGAGAAUAUAACUUUAGCCGUUAUGUCUUCGUCACUUUAUGGUCUUGUUUAUCAACAGGAUAAGUUUAAAAAAUUAAAUCAUUGCGUUCCCAAAAAAUCUUCUAUAUUCAACAUAAUUAAGGGAUCAAUUACAAAGCAGAAAGCGGAUGUUAUUGCUAAUAUAUCUAACAAACAAAAUUUGAUUUCAACGCCUAUUUCUAAGAAGUUAAUAAAGAGGACAAAAGAAUUAAAAAACCGUCUGAUAAAUCAUCAAAAUGGUUGUUAUAAUUUUCAUAAAAAGCAUGAAGUACUAUUAACAAAAGGAUUUGGUUUAAACUGCAAGUUUAUAUUCCAUUCCGCUUUGAAACAGUACUCGGGUAAAGGGGAUGAAAAGAAUUUAAUAGAUCUGCUUGUUUUAUGCUUUGAUAAAAUGAGAUAUAAGAAUUCAAAGAGUAUUUGUUUCCCGUCAUUUUUCGAAGAUGAUUUAAACUAUCCACCGGAAGUGGUUGCAAGAUGUAUAGAAGAAAUAGGUUCAAGUUAUGGUAAGGAAAUGGGUCUUGAAAAUAUAACGCUUGUAAUCUCAAAUAUUGAUAUUUUUGAGAAAUUUGAGGAUUACUUUUACGGUAAACCUUGGAAAUAUGAAUCUGGAAAGUUUAAACUUUAUGGAAAUAUACAAAUUAAUUUGUCUACUAAAACUCUAUCAGACACAAAAGCUCAAGCUAUAAUAUGUCCAAUUGAAUCCUCUCUAGCUCUGGGUGAUAAUCCCAUAACCAAAGAUCUUGUAGAAAAAUAUAGUCAUUUACAAGAUAAAAUCAAUAAAAUAGCCUGUAAUGGUGACGUAUUUUCCUAUAGAUUUAAUGAAAUGAAUAAUACAUUAUUAAUCUUUUGUAAAAUUACAAAUGGAGGCAUAAAAAAUCAAAUUUUUAAAACUUUAUCAUAUGUUGAUGAAUUAAAUAUCAGUUCAAUCGCAAUUCCAACAAUCAAAGAUAAUCUAAAUUACGUAAAUAUUUCUGGUUUUAAACAAUCGAAUAUAGUAAAAGCAUUUCAUGAUUUUACAUCUGGAUUAGAAUCUCUUGUUACUGCAUCAUCGAUGAAUUUACCUUACAAAUACGAUUCCCUUAACCCAAUCAUUAAAUCUACUUGCGUAUUUUUUCCUGACAUAAUAACUCAAGUUUAUGGAAACGAAUUAUUCUUUUUUGGCUUUGAAAAGAGUGUUAAAAACUUAAAAAAGUCUCUUGACUGUAUUAUUAAACAUCACGAACAGAAGAGAAUACAAAAAGAACAUAGGAAUUUAUUGCAAGAUUGCGUUCAAUGGAAAUAUUUAAAAGAUUCAAUAUGGAUAGAUUUUUCUCCGCAAGAUAAUAUUUUAAUUGAACGAAACUAUUCAGAAUAUUUGGCGAAUAAUUAUAAUAAAUGUAAAUUUGGAAAUGAUAAAUCAGAGAUAAGUAUCUUCUUCCAGUGUAAUGAAAAUCAUUUAUGUACAAUAUUUUAUGGGAAAAGCGUAAAUUAUCCAAUAAAACGUCAUGAUAAAGCAAGUCUUUUACCAUUUACCUGGCAAAAUCCUAAAAGUGAAGAAUUCUCAAUUUAUUCAAUUGAUCCUUGUUCUGAAGAGUAUUCUACAGUUGUCCGUUAUUUAGAUAAAACUGCUCAAUCAAGUUAUAAAAGCGUAAUUAAGAUAGAAAAAAUUCAAAAUCCUCCUCUCUAUAAAAAAUAUCAAACAUAUAAACAAUCAGUAAUAAAACGAAUUGGUAAUCCAGACUUUGAUAUUGAAACCUACCCCGUUUGGCACGGAACGUCAAAAUCAUCAAUAGAUGCUAUUUGUAAAGGUCAUUUUGAUAGAAAUUUUGCUGGUAAACACGCUGUUCGAUUUGGAAUUGGUUCAUAUUUCGCAAAAAAUGCUAGCUAUCCAAUAAAUAAUGGAUACGCUUCUAGAGAUGAGCAAGGUCAAAAAAGAUUAUUUUUAUGUCGUAUUAUAACUGGAAAAUAUUGCAAAGGUUCCGACAAAAUGCCCAUACCGAAAGUUAAAAAUAAACCUUCAGAGAAUUUCGAUUCAACAGUGAAUAACGUUGAAUUUCCAACCAUUUAUGUUAUUUUUCACGACGAUGCAGCUUAUCCUGAAUAUUUAGUAACUUUAAUAUAG